UUGCAAUGGGUCACAUAUCACCUCUAUUGCAGUCAGUCUGAGGAAGGUGAUGACAGAUGCUAUAGUGGUGUUUGAUGGCUUUGAGCAGAUGUUUCCAUUGAUAAAGCCAGCUGAAGGGAUGCUCCUUCAUACCUACCUCCUUGUUUCAGUCUUUAAAACACCCCUGCGAAAUAACAUUCAUUGUAUCCACUUCCAAGAGCAGAAGUUUCAGCUGGUUGCCCUACAGCAGCUGGGUGUGCAUGCUGCAAGCUGCUCACCAAGGGAUGGAAUCCUACCCAUCUAUGAGCAGUGUGUGUCAUAAUUCAAGGGCUGGAAUCUCCAAGUACUGCUGCAAGCAAGAGCAUGACCACCCCAAAGAGACUGGAAAAUCAAAUCUGGAAGAUGGGAGUCUGUGGCAACUUGAACAAAGUCACAGGAACAGGUGGGAGGGAUCAAGCAAGACCUUGGGUGGAUAAAACGGCUCCGCAUGCACAGAGCUGGCAGCAUGUUAACCUGAGGAAGAUUCAGGAGGAUCAAAAGCGAAUCAGUCAGAUUGAAAGAGACAAUAAGAAGCUCCUUGAGAACCUUGCUGCCAUCCAACGAGGGCCGGCAAGGGUGGAUUGUUGGAAUAAAUGCUUUUACAGAAGGUCAACAAGCGAUAAACAGAACAGGAAAAUAAUGACUGUCACGGUGGAAAAUCACGGACUCCUGAAAAGGCUUGCUAACAGUAAGCCUACCUACGAUCAAAAGAAGUUUGAAAUGGAAUGGCAGAACACGAGACAGUUUAAAUAGACUGCCAACCAAUGCUGCAUCUCCUCCCAAGAGACUGAGAGCACAAACCAGGCCUGGCCUUGACUCGGUGUUGUCUGAAUUGGAAUCUUGUCCUGGAAACAGACAUCUGUUACGUGUGCCUCUUCCUGAGACUGUCAGAAUAAAGAGGAGAAUACACAGAA